AUGGGAAUGGAUCAGCAUCUGCAAAAAUAUCCAGGUGGAUUGAAUCUAUCACUUUCGGAUUACGCGGAUAAAGUUGGAGCAACGAAUUUUUAUUGCGGUAUUGGGAAUGAUUGUAACCCGUCACAGACGUGUCUAGGAAUAAAACAACAAGACUGGUAUGCACUGGCGGCAGCUCAUAGGUUCAACACUUUUGUAAAUCAAAUAUACGAGGCCACCGCUUACGCUUUAGGCGUUGUAUCAGACCUCAGUCCUACCAUGGUAGAUGACCUGAUUCCUGAUGCUACGAACUUUUGGAACUUCGCGGCGGUAUAUGUUGGGAUCUUGACGGCCUGGAUCACUGGUACGCCGGCUGCACUCUUCGGACCCGGCGUGGGAUCAGUCAUCUGGAUGGUCAUGAUGUCCACCAUGUUUGUAAGCUCGGCUGCCGUCUGGGUUGUUGCAAAUUUAUAUAUACCAGAUCCUCAAAAAUUCACCAGAUGGUCUGAAGUAAUCUAUCGCUUACAAGAUUUUGAGAACCAUAUGCAAGGAGCUUUAUCAAAUUUCACCCAGAGUGUAAUCGACUCGGGCAUCAGCACUCAGCAAGGACUAUAUGGGAUCAGCAAAGACGGAAACUUAUUUGACGACGUCCAGUUUCGAACAGAAAGUGAAAUCCAGAGUGAUCUUGAACAAACCCUCAAACUCAGAUCACUUUCACAUAUCCUUAGAAUUCAGAAUGCAUUUGUCACCAGAGGAAGUCAACCGUGUAAUGGUGAUGGGCCGAAUGGGGCACUAACUGAAGCUGGAAAACUCUCAUACUGUGACAAUGAAGGAAUAAUGAUGAACAUUGUAUUAGCAGGCGCUAAGAAUCGAGAAGAGCCAGUCUACAAUGCCGGUAUGGUAGCCGAAAAGUAUGGCCUUUCGACCGAGUUGCUCACAACGACCGCCUGGAGAUGUCAACAAAAAUAUGGUGUCUAUAGGCAUCCUACAGUUGUGAACACGACGCAACCUUACGACACGUCUUCUGAUUGUUUAUUCAACCUUCCCGUUUGUGAUCUGACAGAUCCAACAAUACGAGACAACAAACAUCACAUGAGCGUGGUGGAAGCCUGCAGGAAGCUGGGAAAACUUCCGAUAUAA